GGUCUGCGCUGCGUCGUCGUGGGCGCGAGCAACCAUGUGGGGCGCCCCAUGAUGCUCGAGCUCCUGCUGAACGGCGCCUCGGUGCAGAUUGUUCACAGGUUCACGCAGAAUCUGGAGGAGGUGGUUCGGGACGCCGAGUGCCUCAUCGUCGCCUGCGGCAAGCCCGGCCUGGUGAAGGGCGAGUGGAUACGGCCGGGCGCCGUCGUCAUCGACGUGGGCAUCAACAGACUGGAGAGCGGCAAGCUCGUUGGCGACGUGGACUUCGAGUCUGCGAAGCAGCGCGCGGGCUGGAUCACCCCGGUGCCUGGCGGCGUCGGGCCGAUGACGGUGGCGAUGCUGCUGCGCAACACGGUCACGGCGUACGAUGCCCACAUGACAGGGGGGAAUCGGUGCGUCCCGGGCGGCGCGUGAGGCUGCGGGCCCGCGGUCUUGCGUUUGGUUUUUGUUUUUUUUGGUGUGUGUGUGUGUGUGUGUGUUGUUGCUCGCAUGCCCGCGGCAACCUCUGCCUUUUUCGGGUUUCUGGGGCACUGAGGUGCUCCAGCAUUCUAGCAUGUUUCAACUCUUGAGGCACGUCUAGUGAGCGCAUGGUCACAAGUAGAUGACCAUGUCGCCUCGAAGGUCUGCCUGCGUCGCCUUCUUGUUAGCCUCUCGCCCAGCUUUCCGCCGCGCCCCCACCCAUCUCCGCCGAACGUCCCCCCCUCUCUCUCUGUC